GCCCAGCUUUGGGACAAGAGGAAGUGCAGGCGAGGGCUGGGCUGGGCUGCUGGGCAUGGGAUGGGGUGGAUGUAGAGGGCGUGAAUAUAAAUUAAGAGUCUGUCACAAAAAUUCAGGGAGAGACUAUUGCAAGGUGACAAAUUUGAGUGGUGACAGUUACAUCAGGGAUAGAGAUGAAGAAGCAAGGUGGAGAAGUACUUAGAAGACAAAAGUCCCAAGAUGUGGACGCCUGACCCCGAGGGGAGCCAGUGGUGCAGGUGUGGGCUGUGCACUGCCCCGGGGGGCGAGCCACCUCACAUGGUCUAAAGGCUGAGUGCGACUGGAGACACAGUUCCUCCCACUGAGGUCAAAUCACAGAAGAUUAAGAUGAAUGACACGCUUUGUUGCUAUGGAGACAUCUGUGAUGCCACACACGCUCCCAGGAUCCCAAAGGAUGUGGAGCUUCCGAAGCUGGUAGUGUCCAGGGCUGUGCCCGGCGGCAGGUCCACACUCGAGCCCCUGCCCCCCCCCGACACCUUGCUCCAGACAGAGGGGCCCACAGGGGCAUCCGUCCAAGGCAUCCUCUGGUCCUUCCACCCCGCCCCGAGGAUGCUGCCAGUCGGCGGAGCCAGCACGCCGAGGAAGCACAGCGCGGUGCCCAACCUGAUGGAGAAGGGCCUGAUGAUUCUUCAGUGUGUGGCCUGCCGGGACAACCUGGUCCCGGCGUGGAAACUCCGCCAGAGACAGCAGUCCCUCAGCAAGUCGGCUCAGGCCAUUGGUUGCUUCUACAGGAAGAAGGGUGAAUACAAGGAAGACUUCAGCCUCAAGGACACCAGCUUCAUGGCCGAACUUCAGGAGUUGAGAAAGGUGUUUCUCGAGCGCCCUGGCUGUCCUCAGUUCAGCACCAAGGCCACGUCCAUGUCUCAUUACGGUGAGAGCCACGAACGAGGGGGCCCCCACGUGGAAACCAACUCCCUCCCUGGAGGAGUGGGGCCACCUUCCCGGCACUCAUCAGCCAGAGUGGUGGUCAGUGGUGGGAACUCACUGGCGUUCAGAAGCACCAGCUAAAGGAUGCAGCAGGGCAGGCUGAGGGGCAGGGGGAAGGAAGAGCCUUCUUGUUUUUCUCUUGUCUAAUUCGCCAGACUCAGUAGGGUUGGGGGCAGGGGAGAGGGAGAAGGUUCAAAAUUCUGGAAGCUGCAGGAAAGAGGUCUGAGGCCAAAGAUAGACACCAACUCU